ACUGACCGGGGAGGAAAAGAAGGACGUUUAUUUAUAUAUAUAUAUUGAUUUCUGCAUGUUUCUAUGAAUGGAUGAUGCGACAACAGACCCAAACGUCGCCUGCAGGGCUGAAUGCCGGUGCUGGUGCGGAUGAGUCGACGCCGCGACGAGCGAAACGGCCACGCGCAGCCCAGGCGUGCGAUCGAUGCCGGCUGAAGAAGUAUAAAUGCGACGAGCUGUAUCCUUGUUCCCAAUGCAAGAAAAGCAAGAUCGACUGUAUUUACCAGGGUAACUAUCGGCAAUGGGAGAGCACUCGAUCUGCAAGCUAUGUGGUCGAUCUGGAAAGAAAAGUCGAUGAACUCAAUGCCAAACUUCGAACCGCCGGACCGGACGAAACCACCACCACCAAAACAACGACAACAACAACCACCACCCCUCCUGCUACGUAUACCCACAACGCUGUCUCCUACACCUCGACUUCCAUCUCACAGGCGGAAGCGACUGUUCCGGCUGGCGUGGAGGCGACGCCAACCUCGCUGCUGAGGACCGACUCGACGACGCCCCGCGAGCAGCCGGUCGAAUCGACGACGGAUGCGAUCACCGACGAGCUUAGCGAGCUGAAUCAUCACACAAACGGGAUCGAGUUCCAUGGGAGUACGUCGUCUGCUGCGUUUUUGGGCCAUCUGCAACGGUCGCGCGAGCCGAAACAACCUCCUAACAAUAGCGGAGGAGGAGCACUUUGGAAUACUGGCGCUGGUGCCGGCACUGGCCCUGGCCCUGGAAAUGGCACCAGCAUCAAUAUCAACACCGCCGCGCCUGAGACCUCAGCUGCAUCGUACUCGCUGAUUUCAACGCUGCAUAACCCGGCAUUCUCGCCGUCGAACACGGUUGAUGCUCCCGGCCGGGCUGCUACUGCUACUGCCGGUGUCUCUCACGAUCAGAACUACUACUUUGAACAGGCCCAUGUCUUUAUGAACGGCUAUUUCGAGAACAUCCAUUUCAUCCAUCCGCUUAUCGACAAGGAGGAUUUCCUGCUGCGCGCACAUGGCUUGUGGUUCAACCACUCGCAGCGGCCGGACGCCAGCUUCGUGGCUCUGUACCUGAGCGUGCUCUCUUUCGGGGCUCUUGUGCGGGUCUGGGACGAGGAGAAGAUCGCAGGGCUGGGUCGCUUCGAAUGGAGUCGCAAGCUCUUUGCGGAGGCGCAGCUGUAUCUCGAUUAUUUACGCUUCUCGAACGACCUGGAGACGGUCCAGUGUUUAUAUCUAAUGGCCAAAAUAUGCCAGAAUGAGCUGAAUCCUAACUUGGCUUAUAUGUACCUUGGGCUGGCCGUACGCACGUGUCUCUCUGCUGGAUUCAACCGUGAGAUCCGGAAUCCCAAAGAUCAGCGCUCGGGGUGGAUCUCCAAGACCUGGUGGGGACUAUUCUCACUAGAAAUAGAAAUGAGCUUCUCCGUUGGACGCCCCGAUACACUAGGCAUGGACGAGUAUCACAAUCGAGCUCUCCCAGCGCGAGACAAUUCCGAGUACGCCAUCAUCCCAUGGAUGGUCGACUUUGCCCAGAUCAUCCGCCGGGUCUCGGUGCAGGUCUACCACUCGCGGAUUGCCCUGCAUGAGAAGCUGCAGCUGGCCCUGCAGAUUGAAGAGGAGAUGGACCAGUGGCUAGUCAGACUGCCCGACAGGCUGAAGCCGGAUAUUCUCCACCUCCGGCUCUCUCGUGAUGCCCUGCGAGAUCCGAAAUGGGCUCGACGGCAGCGACUCGUAUUAGGGAUCCGAUAUUAUAAUGUGAAAAUGCUCCUCUUCCGGCCCUUCUUGAGCUACUUUUCUCGAAAACUACGACACACACCCGUCGAACUCGAGGAGACAAUCUCCAAAUGCCUAGAUGCGGCGAUGAAGACCAUCGAGGUCAUCUACGACAUCUACCGCAUCCAUACUUUUUUUCGCUGCUGGUGGUACAAUACUACAUACGUCAUGUUCGCAACAUCAACACUCCUCCUCCCCAUUUCGAAACUGGGAGUCUGCGACGAGACAGCCCCCUUCCUGCGCUCCAUCGAGAUGGCCGUCGACAUCCUUGACGCGAUGGAGGAGUCCGUCGUGGCCCGCAAAUCCGUCGAGAUCAUCAAACACUACCUGACUGAAUUCCAGCAUCCCACUGUUGAUGAUGAUAGUCAGUAUCAUAGUCAUACCCACCAUGAUAUUGUACCGCCGCGUAUCACUGCAGAGGGACAGGAACCGGCUGCCCCUGUGUUUGACUUGCCGGAAUGGGCGUAUGGAUUUGGGUUCCCUGAUUCCUCGUUUGAUGGGAUCGCAAGACUGUUCGAUGAUCUCCAGGGCCUUCCUGUGCUGGACAAUCCAUGAUACCAUUCAUCAUCUGUACUUCUCUAGCUAGUUAUAAUAACUAUUAUUCUAUAAAAAAUAAAGCCGGAUUCUCUUCCACGGCCU